UGCAGUGGGGCAGCGGGACGGGGGCGGAUGCGGAGUUGGUGGGAAGUGAGCGGCUGCUGUACCAGAGCCGAGGAAGAGUGAUCGCCCGCCCCUUUCCCCUGCGGUAUCUGCAAAGGACGGUGCUUUGCCUUCGCUUUAAGAAUCACCCCACCCCGACCCCAUCUCAGCCUGAGGGAAGGGGACCGGGUGGCGACCCUAACCUAACCUGUGAAUCUACAUUAGGCGGAGAGGAAGCCGGGCCGGGCCGCGCCGCGCCGGGCAUAGCACAGCACAGAGCGACACAAUAAAUCUGCCGAGGAGUGGGAGAGCGCAGCGAGUGAGGAUGUAAAGGAAACGGCUCCGAAAGACCGGGAUUCGGGACGGACACUCUUGGAAAGGCCGGGGAUGGGGCAGCAGCAGGCCCGCGUUGGCGGAGCUGCUGGUGUUGGUGCGGUGGGGGAGGCAGUCCAGCCCGGCAGGGGUAGGGUUGGCACUUCGAGGCCCGGGCACGGGGCAAGGAGGCGAGACACAGCAGCCAGGAGUAACGAAGCCGCCUGUAACAUCUUCAGUCACCAUGAAGUUUUGCACCGACCAUUUGGUUCUGACAUUGAUUCACAGACACUGAAUGAAGCAGUGAGGUGGAGCUCAAAGGAAAAUCUCCUGGGAGCCACAGAGAGUGACCCUAAUCUAUUUGUUGCACUUUAUGACUUUGUUGCAAGUGGUGACAACACACUAAGCAUUACAAAAGGUGAAAAGCUACGUGUGCUAUGCUAUAAUCAGAAUGGCGAAUGGUGUGAAGUGCGUUCGAAGAACGGGCAGGGAUGGGUCCCCAGCAAUUAUAUCACACCGGUAAAUAGUCUGGAAAAGCACUCCUGGUACCAUGGCCCUGUCUCACGUAGUGCAGCAGAGUACCUACUUAGCAGCCUUAUCAAUGGCAGUUUUCUCGUGCGGGAAAGUGAGAGCAGUCCAGGACAACUUUCAAUUUCCCUCCGCUAUGAAGGUCGAGUUUACCACUAUAGAAUCAAUACAACACAUGAUGCCAAGGUGUACGUGACAGCAGAGAGCCGGUUUAACACUUUGGCAGAGCUUGUUCAUCACCAUUCCACUGUGGCUGACGGACUGGUCACAACCCUGCACUACCCUGCUCCAAAAUGCAACAAACCCACUGUUUACGGAGUUUCUCCCAUUCAUGACAAGUGGGAGAUGGAACGCACUGACAUCACAAUGAAGCACAAGCUAGGUGGAGGCCAGUAUGGGGAGGUGUACGUCGGAGUCUGGAAGAAAUAUAGUCUUACUGUUGCUGUAAAAACACUGAAGGAGGACACAAUGGAGGUAGAAGAAUUCCUGAAGGAAGCUGCUGUAAUGAAAGAAAUUAAACAUCCAAACUUGGUUCAACUACUAGGUGUUUGUACUUUGGAGCCACCGUUUUACAUUGUCACUGAGUACAUGCCCCAUGGGAAUUUGCUGGAUUACCUGCGUGAUUGCCACAAAGAAGAGGUGAAUGCUGUUGUGUUGCUGUACAUGGCCACGCAAAUCUCCUCUGCUAUGGAAUACCUAGAGAAAAAGAACUUCAUUCACAGAGACCUGGCUGCUCGUAACUGCUUGGUUGGCGAGAAUCACGUGGUGAAAGUUGCAGACUUUGGCUUAAGCAGGUUAAUGACAGGUGAUACCUACACUGCCCAUGCUGGAGCCAAAUUCCCAAUUAAAUGGACUGCACCUGAAAGUCUUGCCUACAAUACCUUCUCAAUAAAAUCUGAUGUGUGGGCAUUUGGAGUGCUUCUGUGGGAAAUUGCCACAUAUGGGAUGUCUCCAUACCCAGGAAUUGAUCUAUCUCAGGUCUAUGAUUUACUUGAGAAAGGAUACAGAAUGGAGCAACCUGAGGGCUGUCCACCCAAAGUCUAUGAACUGAUGAGAUCAUGUUGGCAGUGGAAUCCUAUGGAGCGUCCAUCAUUUGCUGAGAUCCAUCAAGCAUUUGAGACCAUGUUCCAUGACUCCAGUAUUUCAGAAGAAGUUGCAGAAGAGCUUGGAAAAACGGCUUCUUCAACUGUGAUCACCCACCAGCUUCAAUUACCCCUGCUCCCAACAAAAACCCGAACACUAAAGAAAAAUGCUGAAAAUAAGGAGAACAUGGACAUGGAUCAUCCUCCUUUGGCUCAAACCACAUUGCAAGGAAUGGGAACAAGUGCAGCCCCGUGUAGCAUCUCCCCUGCAUUGCCUCGUAAGCAAAGAGAUAAAUCUCCCAGUGGUCUCCUGGACGAUAGCAAAGAGACCCUGUUUACUAGAGAUAGAAAAGCUGGCUUCUUCAGUUCUUUUAUGAAGAAGAAAACUGUCCCUAUGCCUCCUAAACGCAGCAGCUCCUUCCGAGAGAUGGAGAACCACCCACACAAGAAAUAUGAGAUAACGGGUAACUUUUCUUCUUUCUCAUCUUUUCAGCACUCAGAUGGUCUUACAUUUGUCCAGUCGCAUGCUGACGGGACUCACGCACAGGCUAGGUGCUGUGGAAGGGGUUCUGUUCAAAGAAAUGGUGGUGUAACUAGCGGAGGGUGGGCAGGAUUUGCUGGAUUUUUCACACCACGCUUAAUAAAAAAGACACUUGGCCUAAAAGCUGGGAAGCCUUCAAGUAAUGAUGAUUCAAGCUUGGAAACCACCAAACCUUUCCCUCGGUCAAAUUCUACUUCUUCCAUGUCUUCAGGGCUUCAGGAGCUGGAUCGACUAGCCUUGACUCUUCCUAGAAAUUGUCACCGCAACAGAAUUCAACUAGAACAUCCAAUUCCCAUAAUCUCUAAAGACGAGGAACACGGGAGACUCACAGACCCAUUACAUCGAAAAGCAGAAGAUGGGGUUUCCUCAUUGAGAGACAAAUCAAAAGCCAAGCUCUUGGCACGGGGUGUUGCAACACCACCUCUCAGGGCAAAUGUAGGCAAUGAAGACAGUGAUCUUUCACAGAAUCUAAAUUCAAUGCAAGUUGGGCGAGGAGAAUCUAAUAGCCAUUCCAGAUCUGUAGGCAUGAAAGAGGAUGUGGAGAAGGGAAGUUGGUCCUCUCCAGUUAAGACUGUUGCAACUCUUCCAGCAACUCAUAACCACAAAGUACCUGUACUGAUAUCUCCAACUUUGAAACAUGCUCCUGCAGAAGUUCAAUUGAUUGGAACAGAUUCUCUGGGAAACAAAUUCAAACUGCUGUCAGAGCACCAGGUUGCAUCAGAAAGGGAGAGGCCCAGGCUUGUAAAACCAAAAUGUGCACCGCCCCCACCCCCACCCCCUCUACCUUCCCUCAAACUGUUGCAGCCUCCUCCCAGCACCGGUCUCAACAGCACAGAAGCAGCAGAGGACUGUGAGAGCACACCACAACAAGAGGUUGAGAUUAAUGGUGAAAGUAGCAAAAGGCCAACAAUGGCUGCAUUAGGAAAGAUCUCCAGACCAUCUCUGCCACCCCCUCAAGUGCCUCCAGCUUCACCCAUUCCUGUGGUAGCUUCCUCCAAACUUGCAAAUGGGGCCUCUGUAACUACGAGUGCUAGAAUUUCUUUGCGAAAAACGAAGCUGCCACCAGAGAAAGUGCCAACAGAAAAAAUCAGCAAGGAGGCGUUAUUAGAAUGUGCUGAGGUUCUAUCUAGUGUCAUCGACAGUGGCUCAGAGUCCACCACCAACAGCCAGUUGGUCGAAGCAGGAUAUCGGUUGCUUGAUCAUUGUACUGGUUAUGUGGAUUGCAUUAUGCAAAUGAGGAACAAGUUUGCUUUCCGUGAAGCUGUAAACAAAUUAGAACAGAGCCUGCAUGAGCUCCAGGUAUCCUGCACAGCCUCGACAGGACUUCCAACAAACCCUGUGCUCAGUAACUUACUGGCAUGUGUUAAAGACUUAAGUGACAUUGUGCAGAGGUAGCCAAGAAGGCCAUACUGUGUGUGUGAGGUUUAGUGACUCAAGUUUAUUAUCUGAAGUACCUCAGCAAAAUGUUCAGCUUUUCAAUGUUUACAGAUUCAUCUCUUUCAAUCAGUGAAGUCCUGAUUAGAGCUAUCUGUGCAUAGUGAGGGUGUGGAGAGCACUAUCCAAUUUUUACUGGUGAAUGCUGCUCCGAUAUUAAAUUCAUUUGGUGGAAAAGGUCCAAAACCAGCUGUUUUGAAUCAGGGCCAAGGUAAGCUUUUUUCCCCAUACUGGACAGUUCUCAGGGACUUCUCCCUUUUGAAAAGGAAGUAACACCUAACAGUUUUUGAAAAUCAUGUAGUUAUGAUCAUUUUGUUCAGUGAAAAACACAACUGUCUUGUCACUGAACGCAUUCUGUGUACUUAUACCGAUGCACUAUCAAAAAAAAAGUUAGCAAUUUGCUUUAAUUUUGUCCUUCUAUUGCUCGUGUGGUAAUAAUUUAUAAUCCACUUUUCCCUUCACAGUCAAUAGUAGUACAGGUACUUUGUUGUACUGGUACAUGUUGCAAAAACUCGGACCAGCCACCCCAACAUGUUGAAGUGUGAAUGUAAUUUGCUCUGCCAGGUGUUUUUUCACCAUUCAGGUGAACCCAUUCUGAAGAGUCAUGCACCCGUUUUUAACCUGUACUGAAAUGCCAGUGACAAGACAGCAAAUCAAAGCUUAGGUCUGUUCGCUUCCUCUUCAUAUCAGAUAGAAUUUGCUGACAGUGCCUGAGCCAGGCAAAACUGUAAUAUCAGCAGACCUGUAAAUUUAAUUCUGUAUUUCCCAAAGUAACAGUGUUUUCUCCUUUGUAAUGCCCUGUCUUCUUUUGCAGCAGUAUUGGAAUUCCAUGGGAACACUACUUCAAAAAGUCCCUCAGAACUGUCUUGGGGUUAAAGAUAUGCCUAUGUAAUAUUGCUUCUCAGAGUGGACCUCGUGUUUCUAUUUUUGGUGAAUGGAAAAACAAGUUAUGUGGCAGAAUCUGCUGUGACUUCAGAAUGACAAUGUGAAUUGUUUUACCUUGGGAUUGCUAAGUGAAUCUACUGUGUUUGCUGUGAGUGUAGAAAAUGACAUCCCUAAAUCAUGCACACAGUCAAGUCAAAGCCCUACCACAGUCAAUAUUAAUGACCGCUAACCCCUCCUCCCUGCCCAAGUACUCAUCCUGUGGUGCUGGGUCGUCAUGAAGUCCCACAGGAGCAAAUUGCAUCUCUUUUCUCUGUUCACAGCAAUAUAUUAUACCAAGAAUAUUGCAGAAUUUUUGAAAUACUUCUUUAAAUGAUGUGUCCUGUGCAGAUAACCCAGUUUCUUUGGUAAAAGAAAUUCAGACAAUGACAAAUACUGGUGUUUUGCACCAUUUCUGUUUGCCAUUUCCCAAUUUUUAUACGAUUGUUGAAGAAAAACUUCUUAAUUCAGGUUCCUAUCUAUGAAUUAACCAAUUAGUUCUGUGAAACAACUAGUUGUCAAAUUAGUGACCGGGAAUAUAAUUUUUACACUCUCAGUGAAAAGCUGUCCUUAAAACUUUCUGGCAUGCAGCUAUUUUACCAUCAACUUUUAUCAGUUUUUAAUUUUCUUUUAAAACACGAGCCCAUGGGAGGCCAGUGUACCUACUCUUAAAACUGUAUUUCUCUAUGCCAUCAUAGCACUGAUCCUGAAUGUGUAUGUGGUACUUUUAAAGGUGUUCCAAUUCAUUUAAUUGCAUCAGAGAAUUAUUCAAAUGUUCACUGCUUGCUACACUCCAUCCAACAUGCUCAUUGUUGCCCCUCAAAGUGGUCCCAAAGCAUGUGCACUUAGGCAAGAUCAUUUCAGAUAAGGCCAUAUAUUUAAUAAAAGCAAGCAUUUCUUCUUUCAAAGAGAAAAAAAUGUUGAUGUUUACACUGUGCCCAGAACAAAAAGGCAACAUCAUGAUAUGCAACCAAGGGUGAGUUUUAUUCAUGUUGGGAUUUGGAGUUGUGACUGCACUAGUUAAUACAAAGGCAGCACUUCAUAAUAUGUGGUGUCCAAUUUUUUAGGAAAAGCAAAUAUCUUUGUAUCAUACAGUACUGAUCUCUAGGAACUUGAUACCAGCCCCUCAAGUCACGCUCCUCCGCUGUGCGCUACUGUUUGUUAUCAGACUAAAAAAGUACUGUUUUCUGAAAACAUAGAAUAACCUUGCUGUGUCCAGUGAAAUACAGAAUUUUUAUUUUUAUUUUAUUUUUGAGUGCUGUGACUUUCUGAUCAUGUUUGCAGUAUUGCCUGUGGACUGUCAAUUCAGACUGCUGCUGAUAAUUUGCAGAAAUACUCUGUGUGCAUUUAUACCAAAGGCCACUUGGUUCAGUCAUUUCUUUGUGCAAUUUAGGCUGGGUUAAACUCAUUUCUAGUUUCAUGGGCAGAACUGUUGUCAAUUUUAUAGGAUAAUAAAUCCUGAUUUUGUUAACUACGUUCACAUAACAAAUCUCCUUGAUUGACCAAGCAGUCGCUUCCUUUACAUGUACUUCAAAUUCCUUGCAAAAACAAAAUGAUGUUAACAUCAUGAAAAUAAUUAAAAUUCUCACAACUAUAAAAAUCAUUAAAAUUAUGCCUGAAAAAUUUCUAAGACUCCUAAUUAUAAACGGUAAAACCAGAAUUAUCAAGAAAUUGAAUCCCAGAAAAACUAUUGUUGACUGUGGCACAUUUGGUUUUUGCAGUUACCUUCACUGUGAUGUUCAAAACAAACCUGCACCUCCUUUGAAACUUCAAUAGCCUCUCCCCAAAAUACAACAGGCCACCUCAUACUUCUGCAUUUGUCAGGAUAUUUAGGUGUCCACGCAGGUGCAGCUGUAGUGAAGCUUCAACCCAACAGAAACCCCUCGCACACUUAACAUGAAAGGAAAAAUAUUGAGCACAGCAGAGAUACUUUACUGGGCCAAAAAUUCCAUAUUCUUUGGAAGUACUGAUUUCAUAAACCAUUGCAAACUGACUUACUUUCACAGAGGUCAGUCUGACGCGGCAGAUGUCAACGAAAAGCACAAUUAAAGUUAAAAGCAAAAUUAAAAUCCCCCUCAAUAUUUUAAUAUCCUCCAAUAGUGAAAAAUUGCAUUGAAUUAGAUUAUUGUGUCACAAUGACAGCAUGUUUAAAAAAAAUCAAUCUGGAGCAGAAUGGAGCCUCUUUAAUUUGGAUUAAAAUGUAAAAUUGUCAGAAAAUCUUUUCAAGUUUUAUAUUUGAUUUAGCGUGCAACCUAUCCAGUAGAGAUUAGCAUUUCAAAAUUAUUAGCCAAACAUGCUGUGACAUAUCAAAUCAGCAAUCUCAGUCAGAGUUAGCCUUGAUUUGGUUAUUGUAAAGUUCAUUUCAUCCUUUCAAUGCAACUGCAGAUUAAGCAGAAGUAUGUUAACUUACAAAAUUGUAAUCGACUUAGGUUGUUAAUUAUACUGAUCAUUACAAACAUACAGAAAUGUGUUUUAUUGAUUCUUCAUUCAUAUUUAGGAAAGAGAAGUUUAUCGCAGGUCAGAGCAGGAAAUCUUUUUUAAACAAUGACAUUUCUGAGUGUAGCAGUGUAGUUCUAAACCUUAAUAUGUGCAAGAAUUCAGUGAUUCACUGCAACACACAUAUCAGCUUGUCUAUCCUCACAUGUUUAAGGAAAAAGUUUAUCCUUAGUUGCCGGGUAAUGUGUAAGGGGAACAAUGGAGCCUAGCUAUUCCCAGUCUGAUGAAAAUACCUUUUUCUUUUGUGAGGUGUUCAGUGAUAGUGCGGUACGAUUGGGGCAGACUGAUUGAGUAUAUAUGAACAUAUAUCAGGUUUUGCUAGAAAGUGGAAAUGAAUUUAUCCCAGCCUUUUAAACACUCUUAAGAUAUGUAAAUAUGUGAAUUAACUGGGGUUUGAGGGAUGGCAGAACUACCAGAAUGAACACUAAAUGACACAAACAGUAUUUUGUUCUUUUUGUACUAUAAAUAUGUUUUGCGUUUGUAAUUAAAUUAUCACUGAAUUAUGAAAUAA